AUGAUUACAUGGACUCCACACACAACCAGUCUUCGGCGUUUGACGGAGACAUACAGCAACAUGAAGUUCUUGGUUGUUCUGGUAGCCUCAUUGGCCGUGGUGGCCUUUGCCAGCGAGGAGAAAGGUGCACCAAAAAAGGCGGCUGCUGAAGACAAUAAGAAGCAGGACAAACGAGGAAUCUACGACAUCGGUUCCUAUGGUGGCAGCGGCAUCGGAGGCGAUGAAGGGCACGGCUACGCAGUUUCUGAGGGACACAGCUUUGGUGGUUCUGAAGGAUACGGUCUAGGUGGGCAAGAAGGUGGACACGACUUUGGUGGUCACGAAUCCUUAAGCCUUGGAGGUGGUUUCUCCAGUGGUGGUGGUUUCUCCAGCGGCGGUGGUGACUGGAAGCCUAUUUCUAGUGGAGGUGGUGGUGAUUACGGUGACCAUGGCCACCAUGAACAUGUGAAGACCAUUGAAGUCGUUAAGAAAGUCCCCGUGCCAUACACUGUUGAGAAACACGUGCCCUACACCGUUGAGAAGAAAGUACCCUAUGAAGUCAAAGUACCCGUGCCCCAACCCUACACUGUUGAAAAGAAGGUCCCCGUUACCGUCAAGGAGUAUGUUAAGUACCCGGUCUAUGUGCCUGAGCCUUACACCGUAGAGAAGAAAGUUCCCUACGAAGUCAAGGUUCCAGUUGACAAGCCGUUUGAAGUUAAAGUGAAAGUACCCACUCCUUACACCGUUGAGAAGAAGGUACCUUAUGAAGUCAAGGUGCCCUACCCACAGCCUUACACUGUUGAGAAGAAGAUACCUUACCCAGUUAAGUACGAAGUCAAAGUACCCCAGCCUUACGAAGUGAUCAAGAAGGUACCUUAUGAAGUUAAAGUGCCUGUCGACAAGCCUUACAAUGUGUACGUGCCUAAACCUUACCCGGUGCCAGUAGAGAAACCUUACCCAGUAACAGUCCACAAGCCUGUACCCUACGAAGUCAAGGUCCCAGUCGAUAAGCCCUACAAAGUUGAGGUUGAGAAGCCUUACCCAGUGCACAUUAAGGUCCCAGUUCCAAAGCCAUACGACGUGUACAAGAAGAUCCCUUACACUGUUGAGAAGAAGGUGCCUUAUGAAGUGAAAGUACCCAUCGACAAACCUUACCCAGUAUACAAGGAAGUACCUGUACCCCUCGUCAAGGAGGUGCCCUACCCUGUGAAGGUGCACGUGCCUGUUUACAUUAAGAAAGAGGAGGAACACCAUGGCUGGCAUUAAGCGCUCUUGGUACCUUUGCUCACACUAGUACCUUAUAGGUUAAGAAAAAAAUGUGAUCUUUUUAGUAUUUUUAGUGUAUAUAUUUUGCAACUCGACUGCAUCGGUGCUGAUCGCUCACGUGUAAGGUUGUGAUGUUACCAAGCUGGUACUAAAGGGCCAUAGUGGGUACAAAAUCCGUUCCUACGUGGGCUCAAUUUUUGUCCGCAUAGCAUUGAUAUAACGAUGCGCGGUCGGUCUGUCCUUUUGUAGAUAUUAAUAAUCUGUUGUUAUUU